UUUACUCUGAAGUUUUGGGCGGAAGUGAUGUUUUUUCCGCUCGUGAACUUGUUUACGGGGUGGAAACUUUUCUCCAGGAGAAGCGCGCCGCUCUCUCCUGUCCACGCAGCCCCAGCAGCAGCAUCCUCAAAGUUAGACCCGCUGCGCUGGACGUUUCCGCAGCUUUCCGCUCUUUCCUUCCUGUUGCCAUCAUUCGUGCUUUGCAUUCAUCAGUAAGGGAUUAUUAUAGCCGAUGGAGGAGGGAUGGAGCGGUCCAGUUAGAAGCUGAAGGCUCCACAGUCCACCCCGCUGAGAGAGCGCCUCUCCCCGCCUCAGGGAACAUGGGCUGCGGCUUGAGGAAACUGGAAGACCCGGAGGACAGCAGUCCCGGGAAAAUCUACUCCACCCUGAAGAGACCCCAGGUGGAGACCAAGACAGACACCGUGUAUGAUUAUGUUCUGCUGGACUUCAGUUUGGAAGGCAGCCGUCCUACCAUCCAGUAUGUGUCCUCGCUGUGUGAGCUGCCUCAGGCCCUGCAGUCCUUCUACACCCAUGGCUACGUCCUGGCUGCCCUCCACCCCAUCAUCCUGUCCCUGGGCCGGAGCCGCUCGGUGCCCUUCAGCCUGCUCUACCGCGCCGUCCUGGCCCGUCCCAGACCCAGCAACCAGAUUGCGUCCACGUGCCACAGCGCGCCGGUGCUGAGGGUGGAGGAGUGGCCUUUACCCGGGGACUCGCUAACUAGCGACACGGUUCGGGCGCUGAUUGACAGGGUGAACAGCAGCGCACGAGGAGGCGUUCAGUUCGUUGGCUCCGUCCUGCAGCAGGUGAGCGGCGUCAUCAACGGGCUCAGCCCCAGUAGAGGCUGCCGCUCCCCGCCUCGUACGCCGCCCCAAACACCGCCUGGAGACAGAGAGCAGGAGGAGCACACCUUCAGUCCAGACUUGAAGCUGCUGGUCUUCUUCCAUUCCUGGCCCCCAGGCUGCGCUCCUCUGGACUCGUUGGGCUGUCAGUACCACCAGGGAGCACUUUCUAUGCGGGUCUCCAGAAAGGGCCAAGUGGUCACUGCGCUGGAGGCCGACUGGCUGGAGYUGACCGCUGCUUACUACCGUAAAGGCUGGUCGCUGGUCGACUCCUUCGUGUACUGGGAUACACCCAAAGGCGAGCCGGUUCCCAGAUCUCUGGAGGGACUGUUUGUGUACGAGGAGCGGAGCACCUCCCCUCCCCCUAACGACACCAUCGUGGUGGAGCAGUGGACCGUCACCGAGGGCCCUGACGUGAAAACGGACUACGGGCCGCUGCUCCACACCCUGGCUGAGUUUGGUUGGCUGCUCACCUGCGUGCUGCCCACCCCCAUCAUUCGACAUGACAGCGACGGGAACCUGGCCACAAAGCAGGUGGUGUUCCUGCAGAGGCCGAUCAGGACCUCCACACCCGGAUAUCCAAAGAACAAGACGGUCUCGGCGCACAGCGACGUGUCGAGUCGCUCGGUGAGCCGCGCGGUCAGCAGCUCCGCCCCCACAGAGGACCUCUCCCCCGCCGCGGGCGGAGGCAUCGGGGGCUUCCCGGUGUUCGGAGGCGGUUACUCCGGCUCCCUGUCCCACCUGGAGGAAGGGGGCUUUGAGCAGGAGGAGGGGAAGGCCGAGGUCACCUGCAUGUGAGCAGGAAAGAAGCUAACUCAGCACUUUUUGGCCUGAUUUUUUUUAUUAAAGCCAUAAUAUUAAGAAGGAACAAGGAGCUGCAUCAUCACUUUAUGACUUAUUUUUGAUCUGACGGCGAAAGAAGGGAAAGCUGCUCCACUGUUCAGACCUGAACUUCUUCAUCAUCAGAUUUCAUCUCCAUCUUUACUGCUCAGUAUUUUUUACAGAGAUCCUUCAGUCUGGUGCCUGAAACACAAAUAACUGUUCAGAUGACUUUUACACGGUACUGCUGCAGUGGAACAAUUUUUAAUUUUAUUUUUAAUCCAAGGUAUUGUUAUUAAAGUGGCUGUUAUGGUUUAAGCAGGGAUUUUGCAGAUGUCAGUGCUGUAAGGCAUCUAUUGCUGUUGUGAUCCACUUGAAGAUUAGAGAGAAAUGGAGCUGCAGAAGGCUGGAAAACAAUCGUUCAUGUUGCAGAAAUGCUGAAGUGUUCGUGCUCUGCUCACGCUUCAUAUGAGAAGCCUAAGUUAGACUUUGUGCAAGUAUUCAUACCAUUGGAACUUUGUACAUUUUCUUCUAAAAGAACAGAGUGGGGAUGUUGUUGUAGAUCAACACAUUUGUCAAGUGGAGGAUCAAUGAACUAGAUGGUUUUUAUGUGUAAAACUUUAAAAGGAAUUAAUUAUUUUCCUUUAAUUUCACAAUGUUAUAAUUUGUGUUGAUCUUUUGGAGAAAAAAAUAUCCCAAUAAAACACACCAGUACUUGACCUUGUACAUUACUACAAGGUUUGUAGUCAUAACAUGACAAAAAUGAAAAAAAAAAAAAGUUUCAGGAGGUGUGAAUACUUUUGCGAUUUGCUUUAAGCUUUUUUUUUUUUUUUUGAGAACGAGUAAAAUGGACUUAUGAAAGAACAAAUAGCGUCAGCUUCCACACUCAAAAUGUCAGUAGUGUCCCAGCUUUUCCUUUUUUUCCCCAAGAACUUCUACAUUAAUUUCUGUCACUGUUGAUGCUUUUAUUGUGUAAUGUACAUGUGCAUUCUUACGGAAGUUGAGAGAGGACGUUUUCAGCAUAUGGUUUUUUUCCCCAAUGGUUUUCUUGAGAUUUCUAUUUUCCACAUGUACUUUUCCCCCAUUGUUUUCUCACAAGUUAAUCUGGAUAUCACAAGAUGACUGGAGUCUGUUAAACCUGAUUUCAUUCUUCAAAAGCGUGUCACCAAUGAAUGGAUUUGAAGGACAACUCGCUAUUUUGAGAAAAACAUUGGGAAAAGCAUAUGCAGAAAAUGGCCGCUCUCGGCUUCUGUACUCUUAUAAUCAAAGAUUAACCAUAAUCCCACCUAUCAACAAGUGUUCAUACACGCACUUCAUCUUUAAUUCUUAUCCUCCGAUUUGCAGUGACCACUGUGGUCAGCAGGUGGCAGCAUUGAGAAAACUAACUACAGCAUGAUGUUGGUCUCCAUCUGGGAAAAAUGCAAACUAAAUGUUUUUUUACAUUUUCUUUGUGUUUCUGUUAUUUACUGCAGAACAAAGACUUUUCCCAAGUUUCAAAGGUUUUUAUUAGAUAAUAUAUUAAAACGCAUGAGACAAAGUCCCACAGCUCUCUCUGAAUGUGUUGGCCUCUUCUCCGCCUGCUGUUGGCGGCAGCAACUUUUACAGGCAAGCUUCUUCACACAAUAUGAUUUUAUCAGGAUUCUUCACUGUCACCAAGACACAAGUCAUGGUAGCUUCCAGCUGUUCUCUGAUCUUCCAGUCAGUCAAAUAGAACUGCAGUAGUCCACUCUUUCACUUAGUUUCUGUCUGUCCCUGAGGCUUUUCUUGGACAAUAAUGUAUUUGUUCCUGUUCCAUCACAGAGUCAAAUGUUUAUGCAGCUCUCUGCAUGCAGUCACAUCUGCAGCAGCUGAACGUUUGAUCAGGAUGAUUCAUUAAAGAUCAUUUCACAUUUU